AUGGUGCGAGAAAAGCGGAAAAGCGUUCCAAAACCUAGAAAUGUGGCACCGGAAUCGGCCGGCGACGGCGACGCUCUCACUGCGGUGGAAGAGGAGGCAGUGUUACCUGAGCUCGCUGAGACCACGACAAGUGAGCCAUCUACGCGCCGCCGUGGUCGUGGUCUUGGUCGCGGUCGCGGUCGCGAUGGCCGCACAAAGAAAGUAGAUGCUGAGGAGGAACUCGUCGAUGUAAAUGUUACCUUUGCUGUAGGGGAGGCGGCUCCAUGGAUGCAUGCCGUGGUUAAGGUUUAUUGCGUUCACACGGAGCCGAAUUUCUCGUUGCCUUGGCAGAGAAAGAGGCAGUACCGCACGAGUAGCAGCGGUUUCAUUAUUGGUGGAAAGAGAGUGCUCACAACUGCACAUUCCGUGGAGCAUCACACUCAGGUCAAGCUCAAGCAACGCGGCUCAGAUACCAAGUUCUUGGCCACUGUGCUAGCUAUUGGGAUAGAAUGCGAUAUAGCUUUGUUAACUGUAAAUGAUGAUGAGUUCUGGGAAGAAAUAGCCAUAGCAGAUCUUGGAGAAUUGCCUGCACUGCAAGAUGCUGUUACUGUCGUGGGCUAUCCAAUUGGAGGAGACACUAUAUCUGUGACUAGUGGUGUUGUCUCACGCAUGGAGAUACUUUCUUAUGCUCAUGGAUCAACUGAACUUCUUGGGCUUCAGAUAGAUGCUGCUAUUAAUUCUGGAUAUUCUGGUGCACCUGCCUUUAAUAAAAUUGGGAAAUGUGUUGGCAUUGCAUUUCAAUCCCUUAAACAUGAAGAUGUAGAGAACAUUGGUUAUCUGAUACCAACACCUGUGAUUAAGCAUUUUCUUGAAGAUUAUAAGAAGAAUGGAGCAUAUACAGGGUUUCCAGCCCUUGGUAUUGAGUGGCAGAAAAUGGAGAACCCUGAUCACCGGAUGUCUGUUGGCAUGAAAUCUAAUCAGAAGGGUAUCCGUAUUCGAAGAGUUGAGCCUACAGCUUCAGAAUAUAAUCUUUUAAAGCCAUCUGAUGUUAUACUUAGCUUUGACGGGGUUGAUAUUUCCAAUGAUGGAACAGUUCCAUUCAUGGAUGGAGAGCGCAUUGGGUUUAGUUAUCUCAUUUCUCAAAAGUUUACGGGAGAUGAUGCUACAGUCAAAGUUCUCCGUGACUCCAAGACACUCGAGUUCAACAUAAAGCUUGACACACUUAAAAAAUUAAUCCCAGCACACACUAAGGGAAAACCUCCUUCCUAUUACAUUGUUGGUGGAUUUGUUUUCUCUGCCGUCUCUGUUCCAUAUUUGUGCUCAGAGUAUGGGAAAGAUUGCGAGUCUGACAGUCCAGUUAAAUUGUUGGACAAACUUCUGUAUGCAAUGGCACAAUCAGUUGAUGAGCAGCUUGUCGUUGUCUCUCAGGUGCUUGUGGAUGACAUCAAUACCGGAUAUGAAGACAUUGUAAAUACCCAGGUUAUUGCAUUCAAUGGCAAGCCAGUUGAAAAUCUGAAGAACUUGGCUAACAUGGUGGAGACUUGUGAAGAAAAGUACUUGAAGUUUGAAUUAGAUUACGAUCUGGUUGUAGUCCUGCAGACAAAAACUGCAAAAGCAGCCACAUCAGACAUUCUUGCAACGCAUCGUAUACCUGCAGCCAUGUCUGAUGAUCUUAAGGCAUGA